CUCGCUCGAAGCGGUCUCAAGGCCCGUUUGGAUUCUCGAUCGCUGUGAUCCGCUAUUGUUCACGCUUGCUUCCUUCGCCUUUCUUAAUCAACGCCCUCUUCGUUGCGCUACUUUUUGUUCAAAUUUUGUGUCGAAAGGCCUCCCGUAGCCUUGGACAUGCCCUGUUCAUCGCAGAGCCAGUCGGCUUAUCUUCAAUUGGCUGUGUCUGUUGUGCAGCGAGAGUGAGGAUACCGAGGUCACUGAGGUUUCGGAAGUGGUGCCAUUAGGGGCAUUGGGCGUUGGUUGUUGGAAUUUUCGCGUAUCGUUUCCUUGCGGAGGGUGUGUGUUCUAGGGGUUAGUGCGUAGUUUUCGAGAGAAGCUGACGUUGGGAAGUGAAGCGCUCGUCGAUUGGGAUAAGUGACAACUGUCUUCGUCUUCUGUCGAUCUCCAUGAGGAUUGCUGCCGCUUUUCCUGCCGGAAAUAUGCUCUGUUUCUUUUUAGUAGUUUGGUGAUUGUUUUGGUUGGUGUCUGUGUUGAGGAGCGCGCAUCUUUUAGCUGCGCCUUUGUGAGAUGCGAUUAGUGAGAAGGAGAGUAGUGAAAGAGCGCAGCGAUUAGGAGGUUUCUCGUCUUGGUGAGUAGUCUUUCUCUAUCGGGUGGUUAUAUCUUGGUCUACUAGUUUCGGGAAUCAGGGAGUUAGGUCUGUAUUGUGUUGAAUAGUGGAAGUGUCGUCGGUGGAGAGCGGAAAUCAGAGAGCCGAGGCUAUUGUUAUUCCUGCGGUGGUGGCACUUGUGUUCUACAACUGGCUGGUACAUCCGUGCUGGUCUCUGAUACUGGCUCGAAGAAGUGGAUUUUGAAGCAUGCGGAUUUCCCUUUGCCCCUGUUUCUUGAUCUUAGCGCGACCUUGAAUAGCUAUUUUAGUGCAUCUCAUCCGCUGGAUUAAGGAGGGUUCCGCAGUCGACGCAAGUGCAGACGAUUUGAGUUUGGUUUUUGAGGAAUCACGCCAGCUGAUAGAGAGACAAGUUCAGGUGUCGUCUCUACGCAAGUCGCUUGUGAAUUACGCUCCCCGAUGCAAUUUACGGACUUCAAGUGUUACUCCCGUACGACACGUAUAGUCGAAGUAUGCGAUACAGUUGUCUUCAUCUUUUUUGAGCAACUGAGCGUUUAAAUUAUCAGUGGCAAUCAUGGGCAUGAGUGAAGGUGACUCUGGCUACAUGGGUUCAUACGACACUAGCUACACUUCAGGGGAUGACACUUUUGCUGAUAUUCACAACUUGGACCACUGCAUUAAGUAUCUCAACCAGUCUUUAGUCACAUUUGGCUUUCCAUCCGGACUUAAUCUCUACUCGACCGAACCCGCUUCAGUCGUGCGAACAUGUAACUGCAUAUAUGCCAUGAUUCAGCAGCGGCAACGGGACAUUGAGUACCGUGAAGCAGCCAAUGACUCUAGGCAAAGGCUCAUGUCAGAUAUGUCAAGGCUUGAGGCCAAAGUCGAAAGGUUGACCGAUCAACUGGCCAGUAAGGAACGUGAAUUGCAAGCAAUCACAAGCAAGGAGCAAAAGGCGGCAGCCGCUAGCAGGUCCCAGAUAGAGAGGUUACAGCAUGAGAAGGAUGAGUUUCAAAGAAUGGUGAUUACUACACAACAAGUGAAGACUCAGCAGAUGCACGAGUUAAAGAAGAAAGAGAAGGAAUACAUCAAGUUGCAGGAACGAUUGAACCAAGUCUUGAUGGAAAAGAAAAAGGAGUCCAAGACCGGGAUUGAGAUAAUGAAUUUGCUUCAGAAAGAAGGAAGGCAACGGGGCACCUGGAACACCAAGAAAGCGGAUGGUGAUUUCUACAAGAUGAUUGUGGAUGCAUACGAAGCUAAAAAACAGGAACUUGUCGCCGAAAACUCUGACUUGCGAGCUUUACUUCGAUCCAUGCAAGGUGAUAUGCGUGACUUUCUGAAUACUCCAAGUGGUCUAAGUAGACCCGGUACUGGAGUAAAUUCUCAGGAACUCGAACCACCACCCACACCACUAGGCGGCCGAACGGAUGUAUUUGACCUACCUUUUCAUAUGGCAAGAGAUCAAAUUGAACAAAGUUUGCGUGCCAAGAUGUCCACUAUUAAGGAACGCAUGAUUCAACUGCAAGGAAGAGAAACCAGUGAGCGCGAGCAAGCCCUUGAAGCACAGCUCGUUGAGGCUCGCAGUAUCAUUUCCGAACAGGCAAGUAUGAUGAACAAGCAAAUGCCUGAUGAGGCUGACAGCAGAAACUUCAUUACAGACCACACGGAUUUAGAGAAUAGAGCAAGCACUCCUCAGUAUCAGGAGCAACGAGUUUCAAGGGUCAAGUCCUUUGAGCAACCCAAUUUACUCAAGAGCAACAGCGGAGAGAACGGGAAUAAUGGAGUAAUUACGAAUGAUAUGUCCAGCAUUGGAAAUGAAUAUUUUCUUAACAAGAAGGGUCUUGGCCCCCUUCGACCAAAUCGGGUACCACUUGUGCCCACAGGGUACCAGUAGCGUUUAUGGUUUGAAUGGAACUACCAAGAAUUUUCGAAGACUUGUUUUUGUCUAAGAAACAGUCAUCAUUUUUGGUUCUACUUCACCACUGUUGGAAAUAGACGAUUUACUGUGUGUAGAGACUCGGACCUUUCCCCGAAGGUUAAGGUUUCGAAUAUCGUAAUCCUCCACUUGUGUGUUGAUUUCUCUCCCUGAAGGGUAUGUAAAUUUUUGAGGCAUGUGGUGCAGGCGACAUUAGAAGUAUUCCUAUAGAACAUGUCGCUUGUCACAACGCACAUAGCCUGCAUGUCGUUGUGCCAUUGAAGUUCGACACAACUUGUGGCACAAUUAGGAUUGGAACCUAUUUAUCCCAAUUUAAUGCAUCUCAGGCUCUCGACAACAUCUCUUCUAUGAAA